GUAAGACCGUACUGCUCACUUGUCAAAGUUGGGGUGGUUGGACCCGCGCAAUCCACAUUUAUAUCCACAUUCACUCUUGUUCCUGGAAAAGUCGUAUAACGUUAGCACCCGCGGACCGACUAAAAGUAUUAAAUAGUGUAUAGUGUAUCGCGACGAGAGUCUGAAUAGCAAUCAAGCAACACACGGAAAGCAAUUCUAGGAAAUAAAAAUGUUCUCACGACCCAGCUUAUGUGGAACUGUGGGCAAAUUGUGCCGGUGCGGUACUUCAGCGACGGCAACUGCAGCCGGAGCGCCCUCGACAGCAGCAGCUACGGUGAUACCUGCCACAGCGCCGGUCGUUCGUAGGUACCAGGAGGUGUCGGGCGACAUCAUAACCCCUGGCCAAGUGCGGGGUAUCGAUCACAUUCGUGAUCCGCGGCUCAACAAGGGUUUGGCUUUCACCCUCGAAGAGCGUCAGACACUGGGCAUCCACGGCCUGCAGCCGGCUCGGUUCAAGACCCAGGAAGAACAGCUGCAGCUGUGCAAAAUCGCCGUAAAUCGUUAUACGGAGCCGCUAAACAAGUACCUGUACCUGAGCGAUCUGUACGAUCGUAACGAGCGUCUGUUCUUCCGCUUCCUGUCGGAGAACAUCGAGGAUCUGAUGCCAAUUGUAUACACUCCCACCGUGGGAUUGGCUUGCCAACGUUUCGGCCUCAUCUACCGUCGUCCGCACGGUCUCUUCGUGACCUUCAACGAUCGGGGCCAUGUCUUCGAUGUGAUGAAGAACUGGCCGGAACCGGAUGUGCGCGCCAUUUGUGUGACGGACGGCGAACGUAUCCUGGGACUGGGCGAUCUGGGUGCCUGCGGCAUGGGCAUUCCAGUGGGCAAGCUGGCCUUGUACACGGCUCUGGCCGGCAUCAAACCGCACCAGUGUCUGCCCAUCGUGGUGGAUGUGGGCACCAACAACAUUGAUCUGCUCGAGGAUCCUCUGUACGUGGGACUGCGCCAGAAGCGAGUUGUUGGUCGGGAGUACGAUGAUUUUAUUGACGAGUUCAUGGAGGCGGUGGUGCGCCGUUAUGGCCAGAACACACUCAUCCAGUUCGAGGACUUUGGCAACCACAAUGCAUUUAGGUUCCUAGACAAGUACCGCAACACAUACUGCACCUUCAACGACGAUAUCCAGGGCACCGCCGCCGUUGCUGUUGCUGGCUUGUACGCGUCCAAGCGCAUCACGGGCAAAUCCUUCAAGGAUUACACUUUCCUCUUUGCUGGCGCGGGAGAGGCGGCCAUUGGAAUUGCUGACCUGACUGUUAAGGCGAUGGUUUCGGAGGGCGUGCCCAUCGAGGAGGCCUACAACAAAAUCUACAUGGUGGACAUUGACGGCUUGUUGACCACGACCCGCAAGGUGGGCAGCCUGGAAGGUCACAAAGUCAACUACGCCAAAAACAUUGAGCCAAUGACAGAUCUCAGCGAGAUCGUCUCCACCAUCAAGCCAAGCGUGCUCAUUGGUGCAUCGGCUGCUGCUGGCAUUUUCACUCCACAAAUCCUGCGCACCAUGGCCGACAACAACGAAAGACCCGUGGUCUUCGCUCUAUCCAAUCCCACUAGCAAGGCCGAGUGCACGGCUGAGGAUGCUUACCAAAAUACGGAUGCUCGUGUUAUCUUCUCGUCGGGCUCUCCAUUCCCACCUGUUAAAAUGGGCGACAAGACCUACUACCCCGGCCAGGGAAACAAUGCUUACAUCUUCCCUGGAGUGGGACUGGGCGUUAUCUGCACUGGAACUCACCAUAUUCCCGAUGAGAUGUUCCUGAUUGCCGCCCAGGAAUUGGCCAACUUUGUUGAGCCCGCCGAUAUCGAGCGUGGAUCUCUGUAUCCCCCGCUGUCCAGCAUCCGAGACGUGUCAAUGAACAUUGCUAUUGGUGUGACCAAGUGCGCCUAUGACAAGGGCUUGGCAUCUACGUACCCGGAGCCACAGGACAAGCGCAAGUGGCUGGAGAACCAGCUGUACAACUUCAACUACGAGAGCUCGAUGCCGGUGACCUGGGCCUGGCCCCGAAUGCCCUACAUUAAGACUCGCGAAGAAAGCCCGCUCAUUGCCGCCAUCAAAUAAAAAGCAUAAAAGCGUUCAAUUUCGGUUGACUGAUUGAUGGCACCACUCUGUUUUGCAUCCUAACCCACUCUACUACUUCCAAGCGUUCACCAUGAGCACCAAGCAACCAACCAACCAAAAAUCGACUACUAACCAAGCCUACUCUAGACUAGAAACUCUAAAUGAGCUCACUUUGUUUAAAUGUUUGUUGAGGAAUCAGUGGACUCCGUUUGUCAAGCUUGAAGGACUAUUAGUUGGUACCAACUAUUGCUUAAUUUUUAAUCAUUUUACUAAUCCGAUCUCCCAUUUAAGGGAGAGUUCAAUGCCUCAAGAUAGGCGACGGAGUCAACUGAUUUUUGCCUAAGUGUAUUUUCAAAAUUGUUCAUAGUAUUAUAUAUGUAUGCCAGUUUUGAUAUUUGUAUAAAUUAUCAUGUUUAUUAAUUUGUGAUACCAAACGACGAUGCUGACGCUGACGAUGACUGUGACGAUGUGACUAGCGUCUGAAAAAGCAAUUACGCAGUAUUCUACCGUUCCCCAUACUACCUACUAUCCUAUCUAAAUUUCUUUGUGCUUUGUUUUUGGUUUGCUGUAUGUAACCACCUUAUUGGCUUUGCAUUUCUCGCGUCUUGCCAUAACCUCUAGCAUUCUGUGCAUCCUAGCUUUUGAUCUGAUCUGCUAAUGUCUACUACUUACUAACUAUGACGGCGGCAUCAAGCGAGCUACAAAUCUAUAAAGAACAUAGAUGAAAUUCACUGCUUAAUUUCACCCACUCCCGAAAUUCGACAAUUGAUUGAUUUAUCUAUUGCUAUGUUUCCCUUUCGUUGCCAUACAGAAAAAGAAGAAAUUAUGUAAAUUAGCCAACCCCCGAACCAACCAACCGACCGCCUAGAAAAAUUGGCUAGACAGCAGAGCUAUUAACUGGUGAGAACAACCCAACCAACCAACCAACCAUGAAAACCAACCGAUUCCACAUGUAAAACAACUAAAUUUGCUGCCGUUAACCACCAACUAUCUAAAUUUUGUACAAUGACGUUUUUUUUAUCGCUUAGUUCCCUUAAAUCCAUAGAUAUAAAUGAGUCACGAUUUUAUUUGUUGUUGAGCCAUGUCUGAUAUUUAUUAACGCAAUUACGCAGCUUUUGCUAUAAUUUAUUGUUACAAAGGUCAACUUAGUUGUAUCAAUAAUUAGAAAUCCCUACCCCAAAACGAUCGAUCGGACCGAUUAAGCCAUUGUACCACUGACUAGAUCUUGAUGUGCGAUAAACAAUAAAAAUGAAACACAAGUUAAA